UACAUUUUUCCAUAUAAAAAUAUCAAAAGGUAAAUUUGCGUGCUAUGAAAGUGAAAAACAAACACGCAUACAAACAGAAAGGAGAAAAAAAAAAAGCGGUCAAUUGAGUAAAAAAAAAUGGCAGCAGCGGCUUCAUCAUCUUCUUCUUCAUCUCUAACAGCGUCAUCGGUGACAGAGGAGGAGCUAACACUGACAGUGAAAUGGAGUGGUAAAGAGUACACAGUUCGUGUCUGUGGUGACGAUUCUGUUGGCGAAUUAAAACGCCGAAUAUGUGAACUCACUAAUGUUCUGCCUAAGCGACAAAAGCUUCUCUAUCCUAAAAUCGGUAAUAAGCUCGCUAACGACACCGUUUUGCUUUCUCAGCUUCCUCUCAAAUCUUCUCUCAAGAUGACCAUGAUUGGAACUGUUGAAGAUGAUAUAAUUGUGGAUCAAGUGGACUCACCAGAGAUUGUUGAUGAUUUUGAACUUGGCCAAGAUGAAGCUGUAGAUAUUAAAGAUAAAGAAGUUAAUAAACAAAAGCUAAGGAGGCGAGCCGAUCAAUAUAAGAUUGUAAUUCGAAAUCCAUGUCGUGAAGGGAAAAAAUUGCUUGUUCUGGAUAUUGAUUAUACACUAUUCGACCAUCGCUCCACAGCAGAGAACCCACUCGAACUCAUGCGCCCUUAUCUUCAUGAGUUUCUCACAGCUGCCUAUGCAGAGUAUGAUAUUAUGAUAUGGUCUGCAACCAGCAUGAAGUGGGUAGAAUUGAAGAUGGGACAACUGGGAGUGCUCAACAAUCCUAGCUACAAAAUCACAGCUCUUCUAGACCACUUAGCAAUGAUUACAGUUCAAUCAGAUUCACGGGGGAUCUUUGACUGCAAGCCGCUUGGAUUGAUUUGGGCCCAGUUCCCUGAGUUUUACAGUCCAAAAAACACUAUAAUGUUUGAUGAUCUGCGAAGAAAUUUUGUGAUGAAUCCACAAAAUGGCUUGACAAUCAAGCCAUUUAGGAAGGCUCAUGCAAACAGAGAUAGUGAUCAAGAGCUAGUGAAGCUCACUCAAUACUUGCUUGCUAUUGCGGAUCUUGAUGAUAUAAGCAGCCUGGAUCAUUCCAACUGGGAGUUCUUUGCAGAAGAUAACACAAAAAGACGUAGGCAUGUAUGAUUGACAUUAACAUGCUUGGAAACCUUAAGCUGGCUGCUUAUAUUUAAUUUUCAGGUACUGAACUUUUCUUUUUAGAGAUGUUAUUGCUUUUUCUUUAUUGCCUUCAGCUUGGUUCUCACCUCAAUAUUUCGUUGCAAUAUUAAUAGGAAAUCCACCUAUUACUGAUAUGAACAACGUUGUCAUCCAAGUUUAUUGCUUCGGGUCAGUGGCAAAUAUAUUGAACUUUGAUGUUUCUGUACAUCAAAACAAUGGCCUAAGCUGCUUUAGGAGUAGCAGCUGUCAACCAGUUUGUGAUUAUUCAAGUAUAUUAUGCCAUGAUAGAUAUAUUUGGCAAAUUUAUCUUUUCCAAUGUCCUUCGAUGUUCUAUGA